AAAAUGAGAGCUGUACUACAGAAACAUAUCUUCAUAUGUUAAGUACUCCCCAGGUGGAGAGGGAUUUAAAAAUUAGGCCAUUUCUUUACUACAAAUCCAGAUGGAGUAAACAGCAAAACAUUGAACAGAAAUGCAAUUUGCCAGGUACAACACAGUGAAUCAUUGUUGUAUAUAGUGAGUCAAAAUCACCAAGGGUUGUAGACUACAGCCAUGCAAGGUUUAUUUUUGCCAGCAGAACAUUCUGUUACAUGACUCCCCAUACCUGUUGGCCUUUAGCCAUAGAGAGGCCCGCUGAAUGGAGCCGCUGGACUGUUGAUUAUUAACAUGUAAUUGGCCACUAGCUGCACUAUGCUCAAUGGGGCGAACCCAACCACUUAACUCUAUCAGGUCUGCUGAACUGCAGCUAUGACCUUUAACUCAUGGUUGAGUUAUGUAGUCAGUUAUUUAGUUUGUCAAAACCAAGAUCAAACAUAAAUCUAUGGGUGCAAAGAACAUAAUGCAAGCAGGAGAGAUAGUGCGUAGUUUCAAAUAAACCAGAUUUGUGCAACUCACAUCCUUGUUUACCAAGAAAUGCUUCUAAGUAUCCAACAUGUUAAUUGUUGUCUAGUUGCUUAAAAUAAAGCAACAAACACUGCAUAUUGAGCAACAGCACUCUUUUUCCCCAGAGCAUUUAUCCACCACAAAAAACUUUAAUUCAAUAAGCGAAGAGAAAUGGCUGUAAUUACUGAAACUCAGAGAUAGAUGCUGUAACAGGCAAUAAGUCUGUCAGACAAUAAAGUCUGGAGGGAGACCAACUGUUUAAAUUAACCAUCCUAAUAGAACAACAGCAAAAAUCUACUCUGCUUAGGUGCCAUUGAGCCUGUCACUGAAUUAACCAGAUAUAGAUAUAUAAAGAGAACUUCUAUAUUGUAUACAGGGAGUUAGAGUCUCUAAAAAACAAUUAAAUUAAUUUUGCCCCAUCAUGUGCCUUUGCUUACCGACGAUCAGUUCAUGCUGCCUGAAACUGAGCACGCAGCACAGUGACCACUGUCCGGGAGCGGUGUCAGGUCGCAUUGAGCGUUGAACAGUCUCUCGGGACCCCUCCUGGAGGCGCUGGCAUAUAAAACGAGCGACUCGCCCCUCCCGGACAAAGUGAGAUCCAGCCUGGCCCCGACGCGCCUGUGCUGCGCUUUAUGGAUGCUUCAGCAGUCCAGCAUCCUCAGCCCUGCCCAGCUCAGCGGAAUUAACACUGUGACACCGGACGAAUCUAACCGCUCUCUUCUCUUUUAAGUUACUAUACACCACAAAUACUAGAGUGUUGCCAGAGCCGCCAUGGCAAACAGAGGGCCCAGCUACGGACUGAGCCGGGAGGUGCAGGAGAAGAUCGACCAAAAGUACGACCCAGACCUGGAGCAGAAGUUGGUGGACUGGAUAGUCGCACAGUGCGGAGGAAACCUGGAGAGACCACAGCCGGGCAAACAGAACUUCCAGAAUUGGCUGAUGGAUGGAACAAUCCUCUGUAGACUCAUCAACAGCCUUUAUCCACGGGGGAAGGAACCCAUCAAGAAGAUUCCAGAGACUCAGAUGGCCUUCAAACAAAUGGAGAAGAUCUCUCAGUUCCUGCAAGCAGCUGAAGCUUAUGGAGUGACAACCACUGACAUCUUUCAAACUGUGGACCUGUGGGAAGGAAAGGACAUGGCAGCAGUGCAAAGGACCCUAAUGGCUCUGGGGAGCGUGGCCGUCACAAAGGACGAUGGUCAUUACAGAGGUGACAGAGACUGGUUCCAUAGGAAAGCCCAGGGCUAUCGACGAGAGUUCACCGAAGAGCAGCUGCGCCAAGGACAGAGUCUGAUCGGCCUGCAGAUGGGCAGCAACCGAGGGGCUUCCCAAGCUGGUAUGACGGGCUACGGUAUGCAUCGUCAGAUCAUGUAGACCACACUUACUACCUAACCUGCUCCUCUGCUUCCAGACCUUAUUUUCUACUAAUACCACAAAUGUUGUACACGUGAAACCUUCCUAUACCCUCGUAGCACCUGCCAUGUUAACCUCAAUUUCCCUGGAAUUGCUGCUUUUCCCAGAAAGUGUUCAAUCCACAUCCUAAAAAAUGAUGUCAGAUGCUGUAGAUCUCAAGCUGUCUUUCUCGUCCCCUUCCCUUAUGCCAUGUGCUAUUCCCUCCCUAGCUUUGUUUACUCUGUUUCUUGACUUUGUAUGUCCAGAUGAUUACUUAAUGUGGAAUUCAAAGUCAUUCAACAUCAAUUUAGUCUCGCAGAUAAUUAAAGAUUGAAAUCUCCUUACAAAACAAGCCAUCAGUGUUAUACAGCUAACAUUCUGUAAGCCACUGUUACAGCAUGCUGUAUGCUAUUUAUUUAUAUUUAUGUAUUGUUUUAUUUAAAUUCGUCAUUGCUCAUUGUUUUAGGAUUUGAUCUGUUACUCUGUAAUUAUUUUGCCUUAAACCUAAUGGAACUCAAUGACUGACGAUGUCUCUGCUAUCUUGUCUGAAGACUUGUUGCAGUAUCUUCUGUAACCAAAUCAACCUCACGUUGUGCCUGGUUAUGGGACUACAGAGACUGGGUCCUGAUAUAUUGGCCUCAAAAUAUAAAUGAGUUUCAUUCCUUCUGAGCCAUGCCCUUGUUAUUUGUUAGAUUACAUCUUUGUUCUGUAUCAUUUUGUGUCCAAGCAAGUAAAUCAAUGUGCCGUAGCCAACAUGUAUGACAGUGAAGUUUCCAUUUCUGGUGCCAGGUAAAGACAUUGCUUGAAUGUGCACUUUUAUGUGUUGUCAUGUUUAUAUUUUUAAAUAUAUUUAUAUCUGGAGGCUUGUGAGGAGAAGUAUUGACAAAAUAAAGUAUGUGAACGUAUGUAUA